AUGAAUACUGUCUUGAAAAAAAGUUGUCAGGACCGGGAUGAUGCUCCGGAACAGCGCUCUAUACCCUCUCAAAAUAGUCCGUUGUACGACGAGGGCAUUAUCCAGUCUUCCGCCCAGCUUUCUGCCCUGGGACUCGAUGAAGCAUCGCGCGAUGCAGAGACCUUUGGUGACACAGGAGAGGCUACUUUUAACCCUUACUCGAAAUUGCCCAUGGCCUUCCAUAACGGAUAUUACCAACCGGCUGAAGCAGCGGGUCCCCCAGCCCCACAUGAUUACCCCACUCUGGAAGGAAACUCGCUCAACCGCCCCCCUAACCCAGACUCGUCGCCCAUUUUCGCGAAUACAGUCCUGAGUGAAAAUGUUCGAAAAAGAUUUUUGUUUACCAAAAACCAACAUCCCAGACCCGCACCGACAUAUAACCAAGAGUCUUCCGGUCCUGGUGGACAUACCCGCCGCACCACUUUCAACUACGAACGUGAUGACUUUGUGAGUUACGGUGCUGGUCCCAGCUUCAAGGAAGACAAGCGUUUAGAAGCCAUCCAUGAGGAACCCGGAACUCCCCUUCAGGGGAAAAGUACCAGUCAACCUCAAAACUCAAACUUGAGCUACAAUACACCUGUGGGGCUCACGAGCAAGUAAGUCAGAUCAGCCCCAGUUCUAUAAAGUGUUUUUUCUUUUUCUUGCCCAUAGAACUAAUUGAGCCUGGGAUCUUCUAGACACAUGGCAUCCUUGCCUAGCUCAACUUCUACUGUUCCACCCCCUUUCAUUGAGCCCAAUACGUCCGAGAGACAAGGAGUUAGUUUCCUAAAUCCUGUCCCUGCAACUCGUGAUAGACAAGCCCCCGGUCCCCAAACCCUCAUGGAUCAAGACUGCGGUGAAGGAAGUAGGUUUUUAACGGAGCCGCUCAUACCUCUUCGCUCAUUUUCUCCAGAGAAACUUGUGUCCCGUUACCAGUUGGAUGGCCCCGCCCCUUUGCCCCAAGAGCAUCUCCUUUCCAGAGAGCCGAUUCACCCUGCUAUUACUCACACCAGAGGUGAAAGUGAUGGGGGCCCUGCUGGCGCUUCUCCCGAGCUACGUGCCAUCGAAUGUGCGGGAAAUAUGACUGUGUCUCUUUCCCUCGACCCCCACGUUGAGGAAUUUAUUGCGAGGCAGCGGGCCAGCGCACGUCCUCGGCCUCCAUAUUGGCAAACCCAGUGCCAUUGGACAAUAAGACCCUUAGGAGAUGCAGUGGGAAAUUGUCAUUAUGGACAUUCCUGCCUCUACGGACAUGACGGUGAUGUUUAUGAGGAUAAUCUGAGCGUCUGCUACACCUUUGAGAAUGGCAGGGCAUGUCCAAACUUUGUCUCACAAAGGACGCUGGGCCCAUCUCUUGGUGCCCGAGCUCCUUGUUCUCCUACGCUUCUACCAGACCCCCCCCGGCUGCACAGGCCUCAACACGGCAUCCCGAGCCAUGACCAGGCCGCGAUUCCCACCGAAGCUUCUGCUAACACUGACGAAACGCUAUUCCGUACCGAACCUCUUGUGAGCGUAGCAGAUUUUCUCAGUUAUUACGAAAAUAAAUAUCCGGCCCUGACGAUCGAGGAUAUCAUUGCCGGGAUGGAAGCACAAAAUACCUCGAACAACGAAUACACCCAGAGUCAUGUUCAGGGGAAUUGA